AUGCAGGAGCGCACCCAGCUCGACGCAGGUCCGAGCACCUCGCCCCUCGUCUACCCGACCCGCGCCGCCGUUGCCGCCGGGCCCUUCUCGACCGACCGCCCGCCGUCGCCCUCCGCCUCGCUCCGCAGCCGCAACGGCAAGCACAAGGCCACCGUCGACGACAGCCCCGUCGACCCAGCCUCGACCAACACGACCACCGCCGCCCCGCCACAACCAGCACCCGCACCCGCACCAGCCACGGCGCCGCGCACCCGCAAGAGGUGGGGCGGCCUCGUGUUUGAGCUCGAGAACCGCGGCAGCGUCGCGCGCGACCACCUCGCGAGCGAGCGCACCUUUCUCGCGUGGCUGCGGACCAGCCUCGGGCUCGCCAGCAUCGGGAUCGCCAUCACGCAACUCUUCCGCCUUCCCUCGACGACAACCACCUCUUCCUCCUCUUCCUCCUCCUCCUCCUCCUCCUCCUCCUCCUCCUCCUCCUCCUCCUCCGCAGCAGCAGCAUCCUCCCUCUCCUCGGCCCUCGCCUCCCUCGCCACCUCGAACCCGUCCCUCGCGCCCCUCGUCCCCCUCCUCGAGGCGCAGCAGGCCCAGAUCGUCGCCGCCGCCACCAACUCUGCGCCGCGAGACUCGACAAAGUACCGCCACCUGGGCAAGCCGAUCGGGGGGACGUUCAUCGCCCUCGCUCUCGUGUUCCUACUGCUCGGCACCCACCGCUACUUCACGAUCCAGACGGCCCUCAUGCGCGAGCCGAGCCAGUUCCCGCCCUCGAGGCGCAGCGUCGGAUUCGGUGCAGCCGCCGUUGCGGCCCUCAUCCUCGCGAGCUUUGUAGCGAUCCUCGCGACGAAAUAG